AUGUCCCCUCCUCUCGCAGAGCGCUAUCUUGCUCGUCUCAACAUCGCGAAGCCUGAGCGACUCGAUUUCGCAGCGCUAUCCACUAUCCUCACAGCCCACUUGCGGGCCAUCCCUUGGGAGAACGUCACUAGCUUCACCGGGACUCCUGUCAGCGUGGAUGAGGAGGACGUGUUCUCCAAACUACUCGAAGCACGCCGCGGCGGUUACUGCAUGGAGCACGCGAUAUUGUCGCGAGCAGCCCUGGCGGCUCUCGGCUUCAAGACCGAAGCGAUCCUCGCUCGCGUGUACUUUGGACCCACCACCGAUUCAGCAUUGGCACAAACGCAUUGCGCUACCGUCGUCCACAUUGACUCCGCAGAGUACCUUUUCGACGCCGGCUUCGGGCGUGCGACGCCGACCAUCCCCGUGCGCCUGAACUCUGGCUCGGGUGUUCAGGAAGGGUCGUAUGGUGCUUACCGCGUUCGUCCCGCGGCUGAAGCACGCGAGGACGUCGGGCCUAACAAGAUGGGCGGCGACGUCAUCCUCGUACUCGAGUCUGCCUUCGGCGAUGCCUGGACGCCCCUCUACGGUUUCACCCCCCGGCCUGUCGUCGACGCCGACAUUGUCGCUAUGAAUUGGUUCGUCUGCACCUACCCCGGGGGCUUGUUCUCCUCGAACCUUCUUUGCGCAACGUGGGACGGCAACUAUCGCGUGACCUGCUUCGGGGCGCACUUCAAGAAGGUUGACAGGCAAGGAACGGCCGAGGCAGAUGUUGCCAGUAGGGACGAUGUGCAACAGUGGCUCUGCACUGAGAUGGGCCUGGGCCUGGACCACCAGAUGCAAGCAGUAGGAGACAUCUACCGUUUAUAA